AACAAACUCAAGCCAAGUGAUACAAACAUACUAAUCAACAUAAAAAUGACCGCUUUCUUUAUCUCACUCAUCUCUCUAUUUUUCCUUAUCAUCACAUUGAAGCUCUUCUUCCACACAACAACAAGGUUCAAGAACCUUCCACCGGGCCCACCGUUUCUUCCAAUAAUUGGAAACCUACACCAACUCAAACAACCACUCCAUCAUACUUUCCAAACCUUAUCACGAAAACAUGGACAAAUCUUUUCUCUCUGGUUUGGUUCUCAUCUCGUUGUUGUUGUUUCAUCAUUGAAAACAGUACAAGAAUGCUUUACCAAACACGACAUCGUUUUAGCAAACCGACCUCAUUUCUUAACCGGGAAAUAUAUUAGCUACAACAACACCACAAUAGCAGUAGCACCUUAUGGUGACCAUUGGCGCAAUCUUCGUCGUAUAGUAACAACCGAGCUACUCUCAUCUCACCGUUUAAAUUCCUUCUUGGAAAUACGAAGAGAUGAGAUUAUGAGACUAAUACAAAAGUUAGCACAAGUGUCAUACAAUGAUUUUUUAGAAGUUGAACUUACGUCAAUGUUUUCAGAAAUGACAUUCAACAUCAUCAUGAGAAUGAUGUCAGGGAAACGAUACUAUGGUGAUGAUUGUGACGUGAGUGAUAUUGAGGAAGCAAGGUUGUUUAGAGAGAUAGUUAAAGAAAUUGUGAGUUUAGGAGGAGCUAACAACAUUGGUAAUUUUUUAGAGUUUUUAAGAUGGUUUGAUUUUGAUGGUUUCGAGAAGAGGCUUAAGAAGAUAAGUAAGAAAGCUGAUUCAUUUUUACAAGGACUCAUUGACGAACAUAGAUUUGGAAAGAGGAACAGUAAUACUAUGAUAGAUCAUCUCUUAAAACAGCAACAUUCACAACCUGAAUAUUAUACGGACCAAAUCAUCAAAGGACUUAUUAUGGUUAUGCUACUUGCAGGAACCGACACAUCAUCUGUAACCCUGGAAUGGGCUAUAUCCAAUUUAUUAAAUAAUCCAAAUAUAUUAAAGAAGGCAAAAGAUGAGAUCGACACUCACAUGGGACAAGAUCACUUAGUAGAUGAACAUGAUAUUUCAAAACUUUCUUAUCUUCAAAGCAUUGUUUAUGAGACUCUUCGAUUACAUCCAGCUGCUCCAUUAUUAAUGCCUCAUUUUUCUUCAGAAGAUUUUACAAUUGAAAAAUAUAAUAUCCCAAAAAACACAAUUUUAAUGGUCAAUUCAUGGGCCAUUCAUAGAGAUCCAAAAUUGUGGGUUGAUCCUAUAUGUUUUAAGCCUGAGAGAUUUGAGAAAGAAGGUGAGACAAAUAAACUACUUUCAUUUGGAAUGGGAAGAAGGGCUUGUCCGGGGACAAACUUAGCCCAACGCACUGUGAGUUUGACUUUGGGCUUAUUGAUUCAGUGUUUUGAGUGGAAACGUAUAGGUAAAGAAAAAAUAGACAUGACCGAAGGAAAAGGAAUCACUGUGGCAAAAAAGAUUCCCUUAAAAGUAAUGUGCAAAUUGUGUCAUCCACUAAAGAUUAAAGAUGCUUUCUAAUUUAUGAAUGUUUGAAAUUUGUUAAUAAGAGAUACAUGAUGUAAUCAUCUCCAAAUUAAUCUUGAAUAUGUAACUUCAAGAUACAACUCAAUGAGAUUAAGGAUGUUUUUUUUAA